CAACCUCCUUCAAAAAGUAAAGCUUUGAAUGUGGAGGGACUGGGGGGGCUGCGACUUCCAAUUGGGUUAUUGGCACGGAGGACACAUGGCUGGAGCCUUCAUUUAUUUGCCUUUCAUUAAUACUUAUUUAGGCGCAUCUCAUUGGUUCCAACAAAAGUAAGAAGGAAAAAGUGAGGAGCUGCUACUUUUCCCCCUGCACUAAACAUGCCUCUAGAUCCACGCUGAACUAUGGGGGUCUCCUGUCCAUUUGCACUGGGGGAACUUUGUAAAGAGACUUAAGGUGAGUUAGAAAGAUGGAUUCAGGUGAGUCGUGAGUAUCAUGUUAUGACAACCUGUCUGGCUCAUCCUUCUCACAGGACUCAGUGGCCAAGGUGGAGUAGCCUGACGAUGGUCACACUUCGCUGGAGUUGCUUUCAUCGCUGCCCUUGUCCAUCGUCCCUCUUUGCAGCCAUGAAUCGACAGGCUGCCCAGCUGUCUUACCACUAUAAAUCGUUCUGUGGGGACUAUGAGAGGGUGGAGACUGCUCUUGAAAGACUGGAAGCCAGCGGCUACUACUGGAGCACCUUGUCUGGCACAGAAGCCAAAAAGCUCCUAUCUGACCAGCCUGUGGGAUCCUUCCUCAUUCGUGACUCUUCCGAUCAUCACCAUCUUUUCACCCUCAGCCUUCGCACGUCUGCUGGUAUCACAAACCUGCGCAUUAAGCUCGAGGGUCCUUCCUUCUAUCUGGAGACAGUGGCCGGGGCAGAGACUUCUCACAUGUUUCCUUGUGUGGUCAAACUGGUGGAGCAUUAUAUGCGUCUGACAGCGGCAGGAGAAUCUGACUCCAACUUGUGCUACGUUGAAGGGAGCGACCAACCCGUUCCUCUCAUGCUCACACAGCCGCUGAAUUGCAAAGUGGUUUCCCUUCAGUAUUUAUGUAAAAGGACAGUGGUAGCCAACAUGCCACCUGAAGCUUCUUCUUCAGGAGAAAACAUGGAGGAGCUACCGGUGUCUAAAAUGCUCAGAAACGCCUUUAGAAACUAGAUAGACCCGUGCAUUUUUUUUAAGGAGGAACAUUAAUUAAGGAACUUCUAGUUCAGAAGAUGCCGAUUCAUUUAUCUAAUCACAAUUUAAAAUUAAAUGAAGUUGUUUUUUUUGUUUCUUCUUCUGAACACAGAAUACUCAACAGAAGGAAAGGACCCGUAUAAUUACCCGCCUGAACCUCAGAAUACUGAACAAAAACUUUCCAAGAGUUUUCUAAUGUUGCGAAGAACCGUAGUGAAUUUAUUUCCUUGUACGUAAUUAUGAAUUUUGUGGAAACACUAGCGGUAUUUUACGGCGUUUCUUAGUAGUAUUAAUGGAUAAGUGUUUCUCAGCCGGUAGGAUAAAGAAAUCAUGACUGUGACAUAACUGAAAAUAAGCUUAUAGGGAAACGAGCAGCAGAAGGCUCACAUUUUUAAGUUGGCUGGACAACAGCUCAGCUUUAAGAUAUUCAACCAACUGGCCUUUGGGCUGAUCAGUGUUCAGUGUCGGACUGGGAUACCAGGGGACCACCACAAAGUCUUAGGCUGAGGGCCCACUUUCCAAACUAUUAUACCUCCUCUCCUCAACCUCUUUAUUCUCCAAGUCUCGUUUCAUACUUUACUC